CAGUAUGUAUACCUCAUACACCAGUAUGCUGUAUACCUCAUACACCAGUAUGUAUACCUCAUACACCAGUAUGUAUACCACUCAGUCCUAAGUUGUAUUCCCUUAAAAUUAAGUUGAUAUUUCUGGCAAAGUUGAAAAGGCAAGAUUGGCUGUUGAUGUUGUCUGCUGGAUGGCUGAUGUUGUCUGCUGGAUGGGUGAUGUUGUCUGCUGGAUGGGUGAUGUUGUCUGCUGGAUGGGUGAUGUUGUCUGCUGGAUGGGUGAUGUUGUCUGCUGGAUGGCUGAUGUUGUCUGCUGGAUGGCUGAUGUUGUCUGCUGGAUGGCUGAUGUUGUCUGCUGGAUGGCUGAUGUUGUCUGCUGGAUGGCUGAUGUUGUCUGCUGGAUGGCUGAUGUUGUCUGCUGGAUGGCUGAUGUUGUCUGCUGGAUGGCUGAUGUUGUCUGCUGGAUGGCUGAUGUUGUCUGCUGGAUGGGUGAUGUUGUCUGCUGGAUGGGUGAUGUUGUCUGCUGGAUGGCUGAUGUUGUCUGCUGGAUGGCUGAUGUUGUCUGCUGGAUGGCUGAUGUUGUCUGCUGGAUGGGUGAUGUUGUCUGCUGGAUGGCUGAUGUUGUCUGCUGGAUGGCUGAUGUUGUCUGCUGGAUGGGUGAUGUUGUCUGCUGGAUGGGUGAUGUUGUCUGCUGGAUGGCUGAUGUUGUCUGCUGGAUGGCUGAUGUUGUCUGCUGGAUGGCUGAUGUUGUCUGCUGGAUGGCUGAUGUUGUCUGCUGGAUGGCUGAUGUUGUCUGCUGGAUGGCUGAUGUUGUCUGCUGGAUGGGUGAUGUUGUCUGCUGGAUGGCUGAUGUUGUCUGCUGGAUGGGUGAUGUUGUCUGCUGGAUGGCUGAUGUUGUCUGCUGGAUGGCUGAUGUUGUCUGCUGGAUGGCUGAUGUUGUCUGCUGGAUGGGUGAUGUUGUCUGCUGGAUGGGUGAUGUUGUCUGCUGGAUGGGUGAUGUUGUCUGCUGGAUGGCUGAUGUUGUCUGCUGGAUGGGUGAUGUUGUCUGCUGGAUGGGUGAUGUUGUCUGCUGGAUGGCUGAUGUUGUCUGCUGGAUGGCUGAUGUUGUCUGCUGGAUGGGUGAUGUCUGCUGGAUGGGUGAUGUUGUCUGCUGGAUGGGUGAUGUUGUCUGCUGGAUGGGUGAUGUUGUCUGCUGGAUGGCUGAUGUUGUCUGCUGGAUGGCUGAUGUUGUCUGCUGGAUGGCUGAUGUUGUCUGCUGGAUGGCUGAUGUUGUCUGCUGGAUGGCUGAUGUCUGCUGGAUGGCUGAUCUCGGCACAGAAGGAUAUCAUUCCACUGUGAACUAUGUCGACUCGUCACAACACCUUUGGAUAUCCGUUGGAAUGAUGUGAUCUUAGAUAACAGCUUGUUAGUAUUGGCCCUUCAUGUGUGACUGAGAGAUCUGUUGCAGUCUUCAACAUGCAUUGAGAUCACUGGGGGUUGUAUUCCAUGAGCAGAACACUUCAUGGAACACCAUAGUUCCAGACAGUGUUCCAGGAGCUCCACCAGCAACACAUUGUUCCAUAGUCAUAAUGGUACUUUCACAUGGUAAUUCACCUUCUCUUCGAUUGUAUCGUGAUCCAGGAGCAAAAAAAACUGAAUAUUUGGAACACCUGAGGAUUAAAUAUAGUUCCAGAAAGCGAUUACACAUAUAUAUCAGAUACACAAGUGUUUUCCAAAGAGUAUUUCAAGAGUCAAACACGGAAUUCGCGAAUCAAAAUUAUGUUCCAAAGGUUCUCUCACUCUAGGUCUUCAGUUUUUUUAAUAAGUUUGUUUUUACUCUUAAUAACAGGAACAGCAGUAGGCCUAUUGGCCGUUGCGAGGCAGCUCCUGUUUACACUCAUCCACACUCAUCAAUAUAUGCACUCAUCAACCUACUCAUCAAACUGCAGAAGGCCUAUUCAUUUCCCUCAUAUUUGAGGCGGUUGAUAGUGGCAAGGAUUGUGAUUGUUUAAAUAAAGCAGUUUUUAAUAACGAUGAGAGGAACAUUAGUGUGAGGAGGUAAUUUAGAGGCUUCUUUGUGUCACUCUGAACAACUGAACAGUUGUUUAGCUCGUUAAUAAAGGAAGUUUGUUAGGUUGGGUUUAACAGUAAAAACAUGAUUUACCCUUAGUAAAACAUGAUUUACCCUUAGUAAAACAUGAUUUACCCUUAGUAAAACAUGAUUUACCCUUAGUAAAACAUGAUUUACCCUUAGUAAAACAUGAUUUACCCUUAGUAAAACAUGAUUUUACUAAGGGUAAGUAAAGUUUUACUUAUUUUACUUCACCUACCAGUAAAUAGGUACCUGGGAGUUAGACAGCUGCCCCGGGCUGCUUCCUAGGGAUAUGUAACACAAAUAGGAGGCCUGGUCGAGGACCGGGCCGCAGGGACGCUAGGCCCCGAAAUCAUCUCAUGAUAGCAUCUCAAGAUAACAUAGUUGAGACAGUUGAUAGCGGUAAUGGUUUGUGAUGUUGUGUACCUUGUUGUAAUUGCCUGGUUAAAUCCAUUCACUCAACCAUUUACACAACCUCUUACGAAACCUGUUUAUCUUUCCACAAUCAUGGCAGCUUUGUUUACAUAUAUUAAACAGUUUAUAAGGUUGGAAACUUUACAACCCGAGGUUAUUAAGUGUUAUAAAGGAUCUUAGAAACUUUUAAAUAUUAAAAAAAAAUUAGCCUAAUUGAAGGAAGAUGUAAAGGUUUCGCAGGUAGAUACGCUUAUACGUGUUGAAUCCUGAGGGUGUGUGUUGGGUGUAAGUGUUGCUUGACUUCCAAGGUGUUGGGCAUGAAUGAAUCUGUGUUUCCCCUCAAGUUGCUGUUUCCCCUCAAGUUACUGUUUCCCCUCAAGUUACUGUUUCCCCUCAAGUUGUUUCCCCUCAAGAUACUGUUUCCCCUCAAGUUGCUGUUUCCCCUCAAGAUACUGUUUCCCCCCAAGUUGCUGUUUCCCCUCAAGUUGUUUCCCCUCAAGUUGCUGUUUCCCCUCAAGUUGUUGUUUCCCCUCAAGUUGUUGUUUCCCCUCAAGUUACUGUUUCCCUUCAAGUUGCUGUUUCCCCUCAAGUUACUGUUUCCCCUCAAGUUGUUGUUUCCCCUCAAGUUACUGUUUCCCCUCAAGUUACUGUUUCCCCUCAAGUUGCUGUUUCCCCUCAAGUUACUGUUUCCCCUCAAGUUACUGUUUCCCCUCAAGUUGCUGUUUCCCCUCAAGUUACUGUUUCCCCUCAAGUUACUGUUUCCCCUCAAGUUACUGUUUCCCCUCAAGUUACUGUUUCCCAUCAAGUUGCUUCACACUGUGCAAGAGUGCUUGGUCUCGGGUUGCAAAGUGUUGCAGAGUCACUGAUGACUAGUCCAAGAUGGCGGAGAGUUAAGGUCCACAUACCACGUGACUCUAAGGGGGCCAGAGUCACGAAGCAGUUACACAAGCACUGACGAACCUGUACAUCUUUUCUCAA